AUAUAAAGCCGUGCACGACGCUGGCUGUUUUUACUUGUGCCUGUGGAGCGUGUGAGUGCGGUUGGGCCUGUUAGUGAGUGAGUGUGACAGUGAGUGUGAGCCAGGGAGACACUGCAAGGGACGUGUCUUCCCCCCCCUACAAGGAAUGUUUUCGAGCAGGCAGCCUUUUGUCAUACCCAAUCCGUCCUCAGCCCGAACAUGUCACAGGCCUUCAUGACUUCAUAAGAUAAAUCCUGUAUAAAUUAUAAAAAAAAAAAAAAAAAAUUAAUCAACUCUGAUUAAAACAAAAAAAAUCGCAAAAUCUCUAGAAAACGAAACAAGGAAACCAAAAUAAAAAUUUUGAAAAAAAAAAAAAGAAGCAACUUGGAAAAGUAAAGAAGAAAAAUAAAUAAAAAAAAUAAAAAGCCAAAUUUCCUCGGAGUUCCAUAUUGGGGCCCCUGAAUCCGGUGACCUGGGAGCCCAGACAGCCUCCAUGCAUACCCACUAUACCCGGAUCAACAUGAAGCCGGAGAUCAUCGCAGCCGUGGGCUUUCUCUCCAAAUUCCUGAGGACCAAGGGUCUGAUGAACGACCAGGAAUUGCACACCUUCAGCUUGUCCCUACAGGAGCUGCUGGCAGGUAAGACAGGGCUGAGACAGUCAGCCUUAACUCCCACUCCCAGUGCUCCGAGGCAGACAAGAGACCCAGGAUGAUGAGAUAUUAACUGGUGGGUUGCCCUUCUAAUCCUUCUAACUAGACUGGCAUCUGACACCUUCUUUUUAAAAAAAAUUUUUUUUAUUGAUGGACUCCUACUCCCACUGACCUCAGGCAUCAGCAUGUGAGGACAAUGGGAGUUGAAGUCCUAAAGCUAAAAGUCUGCGGUGUCCCAGUCCUAAUUUUUUUGGGCUCAAGGGGAUUGAUCUCUUUAGUAGCCCUGUAGCUCAAAGUUUCCUUUCUUGGUAACAAUAUUUAAUUAUCACUGUUCUAUAGCUUUGUUUCAAUGUAUAUUGUGAUUUGCAAUGUUCUAUAGCUUAAUGUAUUCUAUUGUCACUGUAAUAAUGGCGUUCUGUUAUCACUAUUCUCUAGCUUGCUUUGUAACAAUGUUUUUAUUUUAUCACUCUUGCUUACUAGCUUUCUAAUGUUUUUAUUGUCCCCAUCAAUGUCCCAUUGCAUGUGGCAGUGGGUGUUAGUAGAUGAGUGAUCCCUCUUUACCUAUUGAUUUUAAUGUUUAUGUAUGUAUAAAGCUGGCAGUGUAUUUUAAGGCUCUGUGAUGUGAGUCUUAGAUGCUGAACAGCAGCCCCCAAACUACCCUGUCUGUUUUGCUCUUAGACCAGGCUCUUUGUUCACUGUUGUUGUUUUUGUAUGGAGAUUUACCCACCCCUCGAGUGCCUGUAAGAAAUAGUAAAUUGUUUUUCCUUCUUGGGCAGACUAUGCCGAUCACAGCUUUGUUCUUUUCAGCAGACUUGCUUCCUCUUAAUCACAAAACGAACCAGGAAAUAUAUUUUAAAUCUAAUUCAUGAGUUCCUGUCACAUCACUAUAGUAAAUACAUUUGUAAAAGAAAAUCAUACAUACAAUGUAGUUCAGAUUAGUCCAACAAAUUUUAGUUUUGUAUGCGAUGUGCUUUUACAUCGAACAAAAGUAUUGCAAAUCAAAGCAGGUUCGUGUUGUAACAGCCAGCUUUUACAUGACCUCAUUCUUGUGUCUCUGCCUUUUGCUUUGGCUGUUUAGAAAUAAAUGAUAGGCCCACUCCAAUAAUACCCAUUAAUCACAAAAGUUGUCCUAUUUGCUAAAAUGUAGCACUGUUGAAACUAUGUUGUAUGACCGAAUCAGUAAAGCGAUCUGUACAAUAGGUAUUUUUUUCUGUACACAGCAGUCCUUUUGUCCUAAUAGAAAAAACAAAGGCUUGGUGAAAGAUUAGUAGUAAACACUGCCUCGCUAUAGAUUAGAGCUCCGUGCGCAGUUCAAGAUUGUGGAUAGAAUCCUGUAUUUUUUCCACUUCUUCGUUUGAUAAAAGAUUAGUAAACCUAAUAAGUUAGUCACAAUGUUCUUUAUUUGUGGUACAUUUCAUAAAAAGCCCAGAAUUGUAGACUAAACGCAGAAAAGUUUGUGUAAUUUUUAGAGGCCUUGCUGGUAAUAUGUGUUGUGGUAGACACUAACAAUUUCACUUUGCUUAAUAGAGGCUCUUAUAUGAGCCGAAACCUUGCUGCACAUCAUCCAAAACAUCGGCCUGUACUUUAGACCACUGCCCAGUCUUUUCUAUUAUUAAUUAUCUGUGGAGUUUGGUUAUCUCCAGACUGGAGGCAUGGUCAAUACAUUUAAAUUGUGCCUACCCAACUUCUUGUUUUAACACUUUAAAUGUCAGGGAAGUGUUAAGCGUACUGUGUCACAGAACCCUCAAACACGUAGGUUAUAAUUCAGGUAACAAAUGGCAGUUCCACAUAUUUUCAAUGGAAAACUGAUAUUCAGUUACUAGAUUUUUCUUUGUUCUUUAAUUUACAAGUCUUAGUCAUUUUUUAACGACAAAAGGUUUAAAAAGACAAAUUUUACCUUUAUUCCAGCAUAUAGACAGGUGCCUAACUGCAGCCUGACCCUCCUACUGUGAAGUCAUCAAGUUUGAUGCCUAUUGCCCAAUCAAAUGCUUCUCAUAAAGAAGUGCUGUGGACAUAUGGUGCAUGUGCAACAUGACUACAAUUCACCAGUCCAAGGUUUCUCUAUUCGAAACAUUGAGUGCAAUGGUUCACACCUAGCAUCUGGCAUCAGCAUACUUUGUAUAAAAUAUAUUGCAGUAUUCAAUAUAUUUUAGUCUGUAGUUCCUGGUGGCUGUGUGAACAACAGCUGCUACAGGCAUGCACAUUGCAAAAUGUAAACAGUGCUGUUUUUCCGAAACAGCACUGUGUUUAUCUGCAAGGCUGUAGAGAUAGCAUCUAUGUUCACCAAGGUCAUUUUAUUAAGAUGAUGUGAUGUUGGUGCUUAGUGUCCCUUUAAGUUUAUCUCAUGUACCCUAAUCUAAAGUGUUAAGACCAAUGUCAUAAAUUCAGAUAGUCGUCGCUCCCCCCACCUCCCUCUACUCUCUAGAAAACAUACAGAAUAGUUUAACUGCACUUAGCAGCUGUCAAUAUUGUAAUUAAAUUUUCUUAGCCCCAUGUUAAUUUGUCACAUAAUUUCUGCUUGUGCCAAACAAUCGAUGUAACAAUAGAAUCUUGGUACUGAGCAAAGUCCUUUAACACUGCUUGUUUUGUAUUUUUCUUUUGUUUUUAGAUCAUUAUCGACAUCACUGGUUUCCAGAAAAGCCCUCAAGGGGGUCAGCCUACCGCUGUAUUCGGAUUAAUCACAAGAUGGAUCCUUUGAUUGGGCAAGCAGCAGAUCGCAUUGGGCUGAACAGCCAGCAAAUGUUUAAGCUUCUGCCAAGUGAACUCACUUUAUGGAUUGAUCCCUAUGAAGUGUCUUAUCGAAUUGGCGAGGAUGGUUCCAUAUGUGUUCUGUAUGAAUCUGUACCAGCUGGGGUUAGCAGUCAAAAUGGCUGCAGCUCUCUUGUUGACAGCAGGAUUAGCUGUAAAGAUGAACUUUUACUGGGCCGAACCAGCCCAUCCAAAACAUACAAUAUGAUGACUGUAUCUGGUUAAGAUAUGGUCGAUAGUUGGAUCAUCUUGUAACAGAUGGAAAAUAUUGUCUUUAAUUCGGGAGGGCUCCUAUGGGGAUGGAUUGUGAAUUUUAAACAAUGUCACAGCUGUGAAGAUCGGGCACAAAAUAGUGGUAGUACCUAUUAAAGUGAUAGUGCCGUAGUUUUGACAGUACCUUUCCUUACUUAAAUAGUCUGUAUUUAGGAGGAUUUUAUGACAAAACAUUUUAUAAAGGCUGUUUACAGUCUCAAAGUGUUUGCCAUUAGACACAUUUAGUGUUUUUAUCUGUAUUAAUCUUUGAAUCCAAAGCUCCAAUGUUUUUAUAAAGUUAUUUCACUCUCAGCAGACUGUCCUGCAGAGUACAACUUGCACUAAUGAACUCAAAUAUAAUUUUUUUUUCUUUUUUUUUCUGGCAGCUCAGUAGCAAAGUGUGAACAGUUUGAAAUAUGAAAUAUACUGGAAUUGUAAAUGACAGACAACUUGCACUGAAAUAUGUAUAGAUGUGUAUAUAUAAAAGAUGUGAGAAUAUUUCAAGUCUGCUAAACAUACUUGAGGGUCCUACAUAUUGUGAUAUGAACUUGAAAGACCAUAUAUAAAUUCUACCAUAACCACAGACUUUAAAAUUACAUGCGAAAGAUACUGUCUAAACUACUGCAUUCUCACCUGCCAGUUUAUCUGUACAUUUAUUAGCUUGUUAGUUUUCUAAGACGGAGUAAACUUCUUAUUUUUAGAAAGUGGAGUUCUGCUUUGUAAUUUCUUGUACUUAAUUGGGUAAAAGUCUUUUUUUUUUUUUUUUUCUUCCACAAACCAUCUAUUUUGUGAACUUUGUUAGUCCUCUUUUAUUUGAUAAAUUAUGAACUGAUGUAAAUUUGUACAGUUCAUGUAUAUUGAUUGUGGCAAAGAUGUACAGAUUUCUAUAUUUUGAAUGAGAAAAUUUUCUUCUCUAUAAUAAAUUUGUUUCUUAUCUCAGCAUUUUAAAUGAAU